AUGGCAACCCCAGCCUUCCCCCUGACCCCAUCUGCAGUGGAGGCGUGUGUUCUUCACGGGCUGAAGCGACGAGCGGCGGGUUUUCUGCGUAGCAACAAGAUAGCAGCGCUCUUCAUGAAGGUGGGGAAAAGCUUCGCCCCGGCUGAGGAGCUGUGCAGGAAGGCCCAGGAGCUGGAGCAGAUCAUCGAGACAAAACGAAGUCAAAGCUUGCAAAGUCAAGACAGCCUUCGCAAGAUGCCCCGACUGCCCAGCCUCAACCCACAGGGGGUGAAGAACCUGUGGAUCAGGACGGCUCUGUUCGAGAAGGUGCUGGACAAGAUAGUUCUCUACCUGGUGGAGAACAGCAGUAAAUACUACGAGAAAGAGGCUGUUCUAAUGGACCCUGUAGACGGACCUAUCCUUGCGUCUUUGUUAGUUGGACCUUGUGCUCUGGAGUACACAAAGAUGAAGACGGCGGACCACUUCUGGACAGAUCCGUCUGCUGACGAGUUGGUGCAAAGACAUCGCAUCCACAGUGGUCACUGCAGGCAGGACUCUCCCACCAAGCGGCCUGCGCUCUGUAUCCAGAAGCGGCACUCCAGCAGCAGCAUGGAUGAACGCCCUUCCCCCUCGCCAUCAGCUCGGGAAUAUGUGGAGUCGCUGCAUCAAAACAACAGGGCAACGCUACUGUUUGGCAAGAACAACGUGCUUGUACAGCCGAGGGAUGACAUGGAGGCUAUCCCAGGUUACCUCUCUCUGCACCAGACCGCCGACAUCAUGACGCUGAAGUGGACGCCCAAUCAGCUCAUGAACGGCUCUGUUGGAGACUUGGAUUAUGAGCGCAGUGUGUACUGGGACUACGCCAUGACAAUCCCUCUGGAGGAGAUAGUUUAUUUGCACUGUCAUCAGCAAGUGGACAGCGGGGGCACGGUGGUGCUGGUCAGUCAGGAUGGGAUCCAAAGACCUCCACUUCGCUUCCCCAGAGGAGGCCAUUUGCUCCAGUUCCUCUCCUGCCUGGAGAACGGCCUGCUUCCUCACGGCCAGCUGGACCCUCCGCUCUGGUCCCAGAGGGGAAAGGGGAAAGUGUUUCCCAAGCUGCGGAAGAGGGUUCCUCAGGGAUCUGGAUCCUCAGACUCGGUCUCAGAUAAGGAGGAGGACGAGGCCACAGACUACGUCUUCCGCAUACUCUUCCCAAACAGUCAGUCGGAGUUUGUGACUCCUCCAGAUCUGAUGGAUCAGGGAGCUACGAUGUGGCAUCCCACUCUCAGGAAGUCGUCGUGUUCCUCCUGCUCUCAGGGGAGCUUCUCUGACGGGGCGACACCCAAGGGGUGCAACCACGAGAGGGCUCCUCUGAAGCUGCUAUGUGACAACAUGAAGUAUCAGAUCAUCUCCAGGGCAUUUUAUGGCUGGUUGGCAUACUGCCGUCACCUGUCCACUGUGCGAACACACCUCUCUGCUCUCGUCAAUCACACCAUCGUGGCGCCCGACGCGCCCUGCGACGCCUACAAGGGGCUCACCACGGACGUGUGGCAGACGUUCCUGCAGGACUGCACAGCCUACAAGGAGCAGGAGCUGCUGCGUCUGGUCUACUUCGGCGGCGUGGACCCGUCGCUGCGUAAAGAGGUGUGGCCUUUCCUGCUGGGUCAUUACCAGUUUGGAAUGUCAGAGGCCGAGAGGAAGGAGGUGGACGAGCAGGUCCGAGUGAGCUACCAACAGACCAUGCACGAGUGGCUCGGAUGCGAGGAGAUUGUCCGGCAGCGAGAGAAGGAGCAGCACGCUGCGGCGUUAGCAAAGUGCUCGUCUGGGGCGAGCAUCGACAGUUCCAUUCAGAAGAUGACCCAUCAUGAUUCCACUGUGAGCAAUGAGUCCCAGUCCUCCCAGAGCUCAGACAGACAGAGUCUGGCUCGCCUGCAGAGUGAUUCCAGCAGCAGCACACAGGUGUUCGAGUCCGUGGAGGAGGUGGACCAGAUUGAAACGGAGCCAAAAAGCGAAGAGGCCAAACAGGUGCCAAAGAUGCCCAAUGGAGCUCUGCAGAACGGGACGAGCUCUCCCGACUCUGGGCAUCCUUCUUCCCGCAACUUCUCUGUGACAUCUGGACUGUCGGACGGAUCCUUCAGCACCGAGGACAGCGCCGCACCUGAUACGACUCCCAGAUCUGCAGGCGUCCCUCAGGCAUCGCAGAGCUCCGUCAAACCUGCAGGAGGAGCGAGUGAAGGGCCGACGGAGGAAAUGGACAGCCAGGAGAAAGAUCAAGAGAAGGGCAAAGAGGAGGAGGAGAAAGCAGGCGAGGCGGAAAACAGUAAGACUGAUGAUAACACAGACAACAAAGAGACCAGUUUGCAGCCUGAAACUCAAGAAAACACUGAGAAGUUAGAAGCUAUUACGGCAGAGUCAUUGGAAACAGCAAAAGAAGAGUCUGAGGUGGAUACUGUGACAGCACCGACAGACGCAACACAACUCAAAGCAGAACUCACUGAACAACAAGCAGAAGUGGAAGCGAGCAGUGAGGAAGCGCCAAAGCUGGAAGAGAUGAAUAAAAUGGACGAAUCAAAGACGAGUAAAGCGGUCUUACUGACAGAAGGGAAAAUAUUCAAAGUUUCCGGUCCUCCUGAAAUGGAAAAGAAUCUCUUUCUCUCGUCAGACACCAGGAUGUCGAGAGGAAGAGAAGUCUACUGUGCCUCCCAGAAAGACGAGCCUCAGGUCAUGACCGAGUCCGACGAGUCUCCCUCGGCCAUAGAGAUGGAGGAGAUCCCCAAAGCCAAAGUUUCCAUGGUGCCUUGGAGCAGCAGGAAGGGACACUGUGAAACCUCGUCUUCCUCUGAUGAUUCGGCCCCUCGCGUGGAGCUCAGGCAGGAGGAGGAGCAGGGAAAGCUGAGUCCAGAGGGCACCGAGUCCAUCCUGUCGGAGCCAGAGAUGGAGAGUCUGUACCCUGCCUUCGACUCUCUGGCUGAAACCACGAAGAACGAAGUGACCUCUCAAGAGUCGGCCGGCGGUACCUUCACUCAAGAGCUUUUGGACUUGUACACACUGAAUCUGCACCGCAUUGAAAAGGACGUGCAGCGCUGCGACAGGAACUACUGGUACUUCACUCCUGCCAACCUGGAGAAACUGCGCAACAUCAUGUGCAGCUAUAUCUGGAGGCACCUUGACAUCGGUUAUGUACAGGGAAUGUGCGACCUGCUGGCUCCGCUUCUCGUCAUUCUGGAUGAUGAGGCCUUGGCUUUCAGCUGUUUCACCGAACUCAUGAAGAGAAUGAAUCAAAACUUUCCACACGGAGGAGCUAUGGACACUCACUUCGCCAACAUGCGCUCUCUAAUCCAGAUCCUGGAUUCUGAGAUGUUUGAGUUAAUGCACCAGAACGGAGACUACACCCACUUCUACUUCUGCUACCGCUGGUUUCUCCUCGACUUCAAGCGAGAGCUGGUGUACGAUGACGUGUUUGCAGUCUGGGAAACCAUCUGGGCAGCCAAGUAUGUCUCCUCUAGUCACUUUGUCCUCUUCAUUGCUCUGGCUCUGGUGGAGAUGUACAGGGACAUCAUCCUGGAGAACAACAUGGAUUUCACCGACAUCAUUAAGUUCUUCAAUGAAAUGGCCGAGCACCACAACAUCAAGCAGAUUCUGACUCUGGCCAGAGAUCUGGUGUGCAAAGUGCAGAUGCUGAUAGAGAACAAGUGAUUGUUGUCUUCUUUUUUUCCUUCCAACUAAAAGUGUGAGCGGCUGUAGCAGCACCAGAGCGAAGACGCACGAGCGAACACAGAAACACACACACACGACACGAAGCCUUUACAAUCACAGUUUGCUGCUAUGAGCCUUAUCGACUGUAUCCACUAUGUUAUCUGUGUAGUCAGCAGGUGUGUGAGAAUAUUAUGCUUGAUGUUUGUCGGUAUGUUUAAGUGAAAAACAAAUGUAACUGAAAAACUGUUUCUUUCAUUUCUAAAUAUGUUUUUUUUUCUCCUCAGAAAUCCCUCAAUCCGAGUGCACUUAAUAUUUUGAGAUAAAGAUGGCUUUAGUUGCGCCUUUCAAACCAAAAUGCAGAGCUGAACUCAACCAGAGACUAUAUUUAUGAGAAAAAUACAUUGUGAUAAUAGUUUAUAUUAAUUAUUUUAAUAGCCUACAAGAUAAGAAGAGAACUAUAUCAGCACGUUAUCCUCGUAUUCCCGUAAUGAAAGAAAGAAUGUCUGCAGAUUUUUAAUAUUCUUUACACCCUGAAAACUAAUUAAUUUCCACGAUUCAGAGCGCUGGCUGGUAGCCCAAAAUGUAGCCCAAAGUCCACUUAUGUUUAACACACAGAAUGAUUUAGCUUUUUCAGCGCCAUGUCAUUGAUUUAGCAUCCAACAGUGUUUUUGAUGUUCUUGAACUGCCUCGUCUGCCGAAUAGUAUGUCUUUAUUUGUUACGUGUGAACUGUAGUGUACCGAGAGCAAAACGUGUUUAAAUUAUGAGAACUGAAUUAUGUUAACACUCGUAUAACCAUAAUCUGAUAUUUAAGUGACUUAUGGAUGUCUGCGCAGAGAUUUGUAUGAAGAAACAAGCCUGAUUUGAUAAUCCUCCUCAGUUAUUUUUCAUUAUCCAGUGAACCAUUGUAUAUUUUGUAAAUUGUGCAGAGUACUCACCUUGAUUUUUGUAUCGUCUUGUGUUGUCUGGUGCCCGUUUCUUGAAUCAGAUGUUCAUUUCUGCUCGACUAUGAAAAAAGGGGGACGUGACCAGAUGGAAAGUUGAUUCAGAUUCUUUAACGUGUGUUUUAAGCAGAGAGACGGAAAUGAAAUGUUCGGUUUGACCAAUUCUCCAAAUUAAUUGCAAAUUACGCAUUUUUUGAGGCGAGCUGUUUUGAUGUUUUAGGCAGAUUUGGGGUUUGUGAGAACACGCGAGAUGCUUUUUAUCCUCAACACUCUCGUCACUCAUCAUCCUAAAAACUAACAGUCAGUUGUCCUUCAAGUGUUGUUCCAUGACUGUGGUAAGAUCAGUUGCAUUUAAUAUUGGUGUUUACUUUGUGAAUGCUGUUGAAACGAAACAAAACAAAACAAAAAAAGUUUUAAUUUAUUGUGACAUUUACAUGCCAAAGUAUUUAUUUAUUUAUUUAUUCAUUCAUUCAUUCAUUCAUUCAUCCAUUUUCUCAUUGGGAUGCCGCUUUGUUUGUAAAGCUGAUAUUUUUAUUUUGUGGCCAGUUCUAAAUGUGUAUUGUAAAACAAUCAAAUUCUAUACUAAUAGUUCAUAUAAAUAUAUAUUAAAUAUAUUAAAUGGUAUAUGUUCUUAUAAUAAAAAAUAAAAAUGGA